AUGGUGUACCAUUCGCUGACCGAUGUCCCUCGUAACCUCAAGGAGUGCCUUGACUGGCUGAUAGCUGUCAAGGGAACUUCCAAGUUUAACACGCAGGCUUUAGGUUACGCACUUUACAAUUUCCUAGUAGACAAGCCUGUCGGUACGACGUAUGUACCAUCUGUCGAAAAAGUCAAACGCCUUUCGAGGGAGUUCAUGCAGAAAAAGGAAUUUAAGGACUUGCCGGCAGUUGGAGACCUGCUGCGUAGAUUCACGGAACGUAUGAAUAAAACCGACUUUGUGGAUAUCAAGCGCUUUUUUGCGCUCCACGAAAGUGAUUAUGAAAACAUCGUAAAGGUCAAUGGUGUCACACCUGACAGCAUCGCAAAGGAUGUAGAUAAAAUUGCGGAUGGCUGUGAGCAGUUCCUGAAUGAGAUUAAAACCCCUGGCCAGUACGAGUCCGCUUACAGUUCAGAAGCGACGUGGGAGGCCUCGUGCUCGAAGAGGCCGGAAGACUGUGCAGCAGUCCUCGUGGGGAUUGCGCCAAUGUUGUACGCAGGUUUACAUUCUUUGUUUACUGGUAGCAAUGGACACCACUUUGGAACUCCACCGCCUAAUGAGACUCUGCUUGUGAGCAAGGUAAUGAAAGCGAUGGGUUUUGUUGAAUCGAAAUGCCGCGAUGGCCUGAGUCGGUCAGAUCUUCGCCAUGCGUUUAGAGAUAUGCAUAUGGAUGUGUUGGACACUAUCUACAACUUCGCUGGCUUCUGGGCCUUCUACUGA